AUGAAAGUGUUGGUAUUUAUGUUGUGUGUGGCGUUGUCUGUCGCCGUUCCGACGAGAGAAAAGAGACAACUGCCGAACUGUGUCAAUACUUUCCAGAAUGUGCCCAAUCCUUGCACGUCCAACUCCAACCGAGUGUAUUUCCCCCACCCUGGAGACAACACAAAGUUCCUCCAGUGUGACCGAUUCGGCAGGAUGUACAUCGUCCAAUGUCCAGCUGGUGAAAUUUAUAACCAGGCAACAACUUCCUGUAUCACGCCAGUUGUAGCCACCACACCAGCUACAGUGCCAGUCGUGAACUCCCAGUGUACUGCUAUGAACAUAGCCAAAGGAAAUCUCUACUUUGCCAUCGCUGGCAGUCCAAACCAAUUUAUCGAGUGUGAUCUAAAUGGCAAUGCUAACAUCCUGACUUGCCCAUCAAUGCUUGUCUGGGAUGAGUCGAGACUCUCCUGUGUAUAUGCCUUCACACAAGUCAACCCAACAGCCAAUCCUGGUUCAGGCACAGGUAACAUGAUCACCGGAGCCACCAACCCAUGUCAAGGACAAAUUGUUACCCCAGCUGGUCUGUUCUUCUCACACCCCGAUCCAAACAAAUUUAUCCAGUGUGACAUUGCUGGUGACGCUUAUGUCCUCUCAUGCCCCUCAGGACUGGUAUGGAAUGAAUACAGCAAGACCUGCGUCUCUCCAUACCUGGUGGCUGGCUCAAGUGGAUAGGCUCUCUUUACAAGUGGGUGGCCUCCCCUAUUUUAGUGGGUGGCCUCCCCCUAUUUUAGUGGGUGGCCUCCCCUAUUUUAGUGGGUGGUCUCCCCUUUUCUUGUGCCUAGUUCCACUGGUACACUGUUGAUCAUUCACAAUUAUAUUUAUGUCACCAAUUAAAAAAUCA